AUGCCUGCCCCCACAGUGUUCGUACGCUCGUUACCGGCCACUGCCACCAACGAGCGGCUGCUUGAGAUCUUCUCUGAGGUUGGACCCGUAAAGCAGUGUUUUGUGGUCAAAGAGAAAGGAGCGGAUGAAUGCAGAGGUUUUGGUUAUGUCACCUUCUCUCUGGAAGAAGACGCACAGCGAGCUUUGAAAGAGGUCAAGGACUAUGACGGUCAGAAGCUUUUCCUCACAGCGGCCAAAAAGAAGCUCAGGGACAAGAAGAAACCAGCACCAGAGAAGAAAGUCGAAAAUAAAGUCGAAAAUAAAGUUGAAAAUAAAGUCGAGAAGAAAGUCGAGGAGAAAACUGACAAAGGUUUUAAGAAGAACAAAUUAAAAGCUCGUCUUAUCAUAAGAAAUUUGAGCUUCAAGUGCUCUGAAGACGAUUUACGGGAAAGUUUUGCCAAGUUUGGAACCGUUCUUGAGUCCCGUAUUCCUCUCAAGCCAGACGGGAAGAUGCGUGGCUUUGCAUUUGUCAUGUUUAAAAACGUCUCAGAGGCAUCCAAAGCACUGACCGCUAUGAAUAUGAAGGAAAUUAAAGGUCGACCAGUGGCCGUGGACUGGGCAGUGGCAAAGGACAAGUACCUGUCCACUCAGCCUGCCCCAAGCGCAGGCAGUAACAAGGAAAAGGAAGUGACUACUAAAGCGGCUGAACAAAGCAGUGACUCUGAAGAAGAGGAGGCGAAUGAUGCAAAGAAACCACAAGUGGAGGACAAGAAAAAGCCCAGAUCAACAAAAGCCAAAGCAGUGGAGGAGUCCGAGUCGGAGCAGAGUGACGAUGGUAGUGAAGAGGAGGAGGAGGCAGAAGAGGAGGAGGAAGAGGAGGAGGAGAACAGUGAUUGUGAAUCAGAGGGUAGUGCACUAGAGGAUGAAGACCAUGAUGAUGAAUCUGAGGAGAAUGAUGAUGAUGAUGAUGAUGACGAUGAAGAUGUUGAUCAGAAAAAUAAGAAAAAGAAAUCAAAGAAAACCCUCCCUUCAGACAUAGGCGAGGGAAGAACUAUUUUCAUCAGGAACCUGUCCUUUGACACGGAGGAAGAAGGUCUGGAGGAAACCCUGUUAAAGUACGGAGAGCUCAACUACAUCAAAAUAGUGCUUCACCCAGACACGGAGCACUCCAAAGGUUGUGCUUUUGCUCAGUUUAAGACCAAAGACGCAGCUGACAAGUGCAUUGCUGCAGCACAAGACGAGGCCGAGACUGGAGGUAUCCGUGUGGAUGGUAGAAAGCUGCUGAUUGUAGCGGCCGUGACCAGAGAAGAGGCGUCUAAACUCAAAGACAACAAGAAGAAGGUGGAGACAGGAACCCGGAACCUGUAUCUGGCCAGAGAAGGAUUGAUCCGCGCUGGAACCAAAGCAGCCGAGGGUGUCCCGGAAGCAGACAUGGCCAAGAGGACAAGAUUUGAAGAAAUAAAACGGACCAAGCUGCGGGACAUGGACGUGUUUGUGUCAAAAACUCGCCUGUGCGUCCACAACCUGCCCAAGUCUGUGGACAACAACAGACUGAGAAGCAUCUGUCUGCAGGGACUGAAGGGGACCAAGGGCGUGAGGGUCACUGAGUGCCGCAUCAUGUACGACAGGAAGCCGGAGAAGGGUCAGGUCAUGGGCCAGUCUUUGGGGUACGGCUUUGUGCAGUUUUCUCUUCACGACCACGCCCUCAGCACCCUGCGCCACCUCAACAACAACCCCGACAUCUUUGGGCCCAACAAGAGACCCAUUGUGGAGUUUUCCCUAGAAGACUCCCGUAAGCUUAAAAUGAAAGAAGCCAGAAAGCAGAACAAUAAGCAUCAAGUCCAUAAUCGACCGCCACAACAGGGAGAAAAACAGACGGGCAAAGAAAGAGCUCCUGUCCAGCAGCAGAAAGAACAGCAGGGCCAGCAUCAGAAGCAGCAUGGGCCACAGAGACAACAGCAGGACCAGCAGAAGCAGCAGGGGCCACAGAGACAACAGCAGGCUCAGCAGAAGCAGCAGGGGCCACAGAGACAACAGCAGGCUCAGCAGAAGCAGCAGGGGCCUCAGGGACAGCAGCAGGGACAGAAGCGUCUCUUCUCGGGUUUCCAGACCCAGCCAGAGGUGGAACACGUGGACCUGGAGAACGGGAAGAAGCGCAGAAAGGUUCUGGCCAUGCCGUCUCACCGUGGGCCAAAGAUCAGGAUGAGAGACCGAGGAAAGCAACCUGCCCCAGCUCCCAAGAAGGCCAGAGCGGGCCCCAGCCGGAAGGAGAUGAAGAGGCAGCAGAUGGAGAAGCCCACCCAGAGCAGGAAACAGUUGAAAGCGGGCAAACCGUUCAAGCGGAAGGGCACGGACCGCUUCGACAGCCUGGUGGAGCAGUACAAGAAGAAGCUAAUGGGGAGCGCAGACAAUAUGGCCAAGAGGAGCAAGUGGUUCGACUCGUAG